AGCAACUAGUCUGGCAUUUGCCGUUUAAAUGUAUCUCAUUUCCAAGCAUAGGUUGAUCAUUUAUACAUCAUUAGAUACAGAAAAAUAAUAAUGAGUAAUAUAUAAAUGCAAAAGACAUAAUUAUUUAAUACGUGUUUAGUAGACAUCAAUUCACAAAACGAUGUCAAAUAUCCUGUUGCUCGUCGAACACGUAAAAUAAUGGAAUCCAUUUAGCCACGUAGAAGCAGAACGAAGAGGCGUCUGAAAAAGGUUGGCUUUAUAAACAUUUUCUUUGCAUUUGAACUAUUGUCAUGUCAGAAAUGAAUAUCUAUUUUGGCUAUUUAUUAAACCUUUUCAUAAUUUCACAAUCUACAGUGAUUUAUACAUUACACAACUUCGUGAACUGGUGUGAUAUCUGGGCGUAGAAAAAUUAUAGUCCCGUGUUAGCUAUGUGGCUAAUGAAUAUUAGCUAGCUAUCGAGCAAACGUAACGUUAGGCUGUCUUUGCUUGACAGGUUGAAUCUGCGAACUAGCCAGCAACUUGCCAUAUGUCUGUUUAGCUGGCUAGCUAGCUAGCUAACCACCUAGCUAAAGUUAGCUUGUGACACACAAGUUGUGUCGAGGCUGCUGCUGUCAUUGCAGUUGGCUAGUUAGCAAUAAUAUUGUUGGGUGGCUAACGUUACCUACAAAUUGGGAAAUAAGCAAGGUAACGAAUGUGUGGUAAAGCUGCCGAAUAGCUAUCUGUUUCUAUACAAGACUGGUUCGCCUUGUAGCUAUUUGAUUGCAAUAUGCAAAGGCAUAUUUGGUGAAGUUAGGUAGCUAUAUUUAGUAAUGUUAACUAAAUCCACUUAGAUAGUUGUCUAUAUUAGUUUUUGCAGGCCAUCUAAUAAUUUGACAAAGAUCGAAACGUAGUCAAUAAAGCAGUGAAUUGGGAGCAUAAACAGUGUGUGUCCCUUACUGUUCUUUACAAGUUUCCUUUAUUAGCCCCGCACAUACGUUUUUAAUGAUGUGCCUAUGAGUACAAACUUUUCAUCUAAUCAUUGAGUCAUAUAAAAAUGUAUUUUAACUCACAUUUCACGAUCUUACAUGAUGGUAGACAACGUUUUAGGCUUUAAUUUAGAGAUUCACAAUUUGUUCAUGGUUUUAGGUCAAUUUCUAAGCAUUACUGAAGAGGUGUUUGGGAGCCAAAUUAACAGCUCUUUUAGGUGAACUGAGGCAAAUUUUCCAGCUCACAGAAAAGACUUGGAAUGCCCAUCCCUAAUACAUUUGCAAUGGUAUUCAUAAGUAAUGCAGGCCAUGGCGCUUUUUAUUUGUGCUACAUCUGCGCUACACCAUCAUGGUGGCAAAUCCUGUCAGAUUACGCCUAGUUUGCAUUUAGAUUACUGUCUUUGAUCAGACUGAAUACUUUAUAAUGCUCAUACUAACUAAACCUUAAUGUUAUACAUUUUCAGGGGAGCCAAUUUCUUUGGGGGUGUUCUUCCUUGGACGCUUCAAUUGCAUUGCAUUCAAUCUUUUACUCUGAACAAACGGGAAGAAAAUGUUUUGAAAGGAUUAUAGCUACACCCUGUGACUACCAUAUCCCUUCCAUGGGCUCUAGUGCAACAUCAUUUGAUUCUGUAUGCAAAUGGAAUACCACAACUCAGUCAUUGCUGAGAUGGAGACAACCAAUGGAGAAAUCCAUCAACUAGACCUGAUACCACAGUCCAAAGAGGGUGGUGCUGAUCCUGUGGUGAGCGACUCUCAGCUACUGAAGAAAGGAGUGCUGGACAAGCCGACAGCGUCGGGGGAUGUUCUUAAUGGUGAGUUGUUGCCCUAGUUAAUGCUUUAGCCUGCCCUCAAGUGAUGUGAUUUGUUUUGUAUUUUAAUGUAGUAAUUCUAGGGAAGCUGUCUGACUCUGACCUACUGCUGACUGAUUUAAUUAUUCCAUCCUCUCAUCAAACAAUGGAGUGUUCUUCCUCAACCAGUUAAUUGUAAGAGAGAAAUUCAUUUCAAAUGAGCCCUAAACUAAGUUAAUAAAGCAUAACUGAAUGUUUGUAUUAUUUUCACAGGACAUACUUGUGAAAAUAUUGUUAUUGUUGUGGGGGAUCUGCAGUAAUAGGAACUCCUUAUAUGGAGGGAAUUCCUCUGUCUUCCACCAGUAUUCUUUCCAAGCUAUGCAUGACAUGCUUGUGUGCGACCGGCCAGAGAAAAGGUUAUUACUUGGCUGCCUCAAGUACAAAGAGAGAUGGCCUAUGUGUGGAAUUGCAGGAUUGUCUGGACACAGCUCUGAGCCUUGCCUCAUAACUCACCCACACACCACUGUCACUUCAUAGUCACCUCAACUGCACUAAGGCAUAUUGGCAUGCCGUCGUUAUUCCUACACGUCUCGCCUUCAAUAAAAAUGACAAAAUGAAUAGUAUUAAACUGCCACUUCCAGUUCCUAUAGAGCUAUUCUGGCUUGACAAAGCUUGUUUGACCGGUUACCCGUGAAAGCCACAAUUGACUUUAAGUCAUUCAAAAGAGCCUAGCCUCCUAGUCCUUUUUUUAAACAUCAAGUAUAUCACAAUCCACUCUCAUUGUGUUGUGAAAUACAAACUGGAUGGAUGUAUGUGGAAUCUACCGUCUUUACUGACACGCUCCACUGUCAACCACCCACCUCACCCCACUCCCUUGUUGCAGGUUUUGUUAAGGCAGACGUGGUGCCAAAUGGAGAACGAGUAGCAGAGGGCCCGCGGCCAAGCGCAGGAGGGGACGGCCAUCCAAAUUGCCCCCUGCCUCCUCCGUCGCACCCUGCUACCCAGGGCACCAGCCCACCUGUCAGCCCCCAGUCCAAAGAGCCAUCCCAAGGUGUGGCCGCUAUCCCACCACCCAUGCUAGAGAAGUCUGAGGGAGCUAGUGCUGAGGGCCCUGUUCACAAGGGUGAUGCAUUGCAGUCGCUCAGACUGAGUAUGCCUAUGCAGGAGACUGAAUUGUGUAAGCAUACUGUAACCUGUACUUGCAGUGAGUGCCCCCCCCCCCGUCCCUGCCCCGUGUAUUUUAACCACCUAUUGCUCUGGGAUGUUGCCUCAGAGACUGACUUGAGUUCCCCAUCCCAUAUUUUAAUUUCCUUGCCUGUGCUAACUACACUCCCAUUAAAGAGAUGGAUCCAGUGGGUAUCUGCUUUAGUGGUUUGAGCCCACUUACUUUGUGCAAACCCCGUGGUCAUUUAAUUGCUUGGUGCUUCUGUUGGGAACUUAGUGGCUGUAUUUGAACUAAUCCUUUACUUGUGUGGUUUGUUGUGAAUGUUGUUUUGGAUGAUGGCCUAGGCUUACAGAUACCAUGAUAUGUAAAGUAUUUUAAGUUUAUUCGUUACAUAACAGAAUAUGGCUUGUUUUGCCUCAAGCUUUUUGUUGACUGUGAAAGGCUAACCACUCCCACAUAGAAUGUUUACAGUGUCACAUUAACUAUUUGAUAGUGUCACGUUCUGUUCCAUUCAUAGUGCAUUCUGCUUUAAAUGAUGCUGCAAUCAGGAAGUCCUCAUGCUAACUUCUAAGUUGCACUGACUGACACCUCAUGGUUGAUCAUCAGUGUACCUGGCCAAUUGCAGUCAGAGAAUCAUCAAUCAGGCUUAUCACCUACUGUUUGCAAACUCACUAACCACGCAAGCCAAACUAUUUUGUGUGUCACACUUUACUAACCUGAAAAUAAGAUCUGGGAGUGGACUGACUAAUAGAUGGACUGAGUCUGACUCAUCUGGCUUUGUUAGGACUGGGUUGCAUGCAGCUUCACUCCUAACCAUGGUGGAUGGAUAACAAUGUCAUACAAGCACUCUCAUUUCUAAUUUUAAAUGGCUCUGAACUGUAGGGACAAAGUAGUCUUACAUUUACAUCAUUUAGCAGAAGCUCUUAUCCAGAGCGACAUACAAAUUGGUGCAUUCCACACGUAGUUGUGGUUUCCUUCUAAAAUGAAUUGUAUGCUUGUAUGACAAUGUCCAAGGUAUUGUUAGCCUAUUCUGUGUUGAAUGGGGGUGCAGUUAGGACCUUCUAUUUUUUGUUAAACUUUCAUUUCCUGUAGCUGCCAAAGAGCCAUCACUGGAGCUGGAGAAUGAGGAGAAGAUCCGCCAUGAUGCUCGUCGACGCCUGGAGGAGCAGCUCAAACAGUACAGAGUGCAGAGGCACAAGGAGACGGUGAGUGUGUGAACAGUGUCAGUCACCAGGCAGACAUUCAUCAGGAUAAAGCUGUCAGUUACAAGCUGCACAGAGUUGAAUUGAAGCGAAGUGUUCCCCCUAUUAUUUUUGGCAUGGCAGGCCUUCUUGCCUAGUUUUGUUGACGUCCACCACCUAUUAAAAUGAUCCUCUAUUAGUCUCAGUUGAAUGGUCUGGUGUUUGCGGCCCUGAAUGUUGAUUAUUGGUGCCCACACAAGAACAAGCUAGGGGAAACACUGGGCUGAUGUAGACUACGUCUUCUGCUCAUUCUCACGCCACCCCUCUCUCCUCUUCCAGUCCUACCGCUCUACCCCAAAGAGCCGCAGUGGGUUCAGCACUCUGGACCCAGACCUCAUGAUGCACCCAGAGGCUCUUCCCCGGGCCAGCACCACCUCCAUGACCACCGAGUACUCCUUCCUGAGGACCAGCGUCCCCCGGGGACCUAAACUGGGCAGCCUGGGCAUCCCCCCAGCCAAGGAGAAGAAGUCACGGUCACCCCGCCCCAGCAAGAUCCACUCACUGGCCGACUACAAGACCCCCGAGCCAGCAGGGGGCACUAGUGAUGGUGGAGGAGGCGGCGGCGUGGUCAGGACGUCUGCAGACUCCUCCCUGGGGUCCAACCUGAGCUCUGUAUCCACCCUGUCAGAGGUCAGCAUGAUGUCAGAGGUUGGCUCCAUGGAGAUGACCUCUUCGGAGGCCCCGCUGGUUUCAUCAAUGUCUCUCCAGGACAACACCUCGGAGGUGGAUCCCGGCAGCGAGUCAGGGAUGGGGUCGAGGCCCGGUGGGGAUGGGAAUGACAGCGACAGCUCUACCUACAGCAGCGUGUCCACCUCCACCAGCGGCACUGGGACCUACGGCAUGCUGGCAGUGGGCAGGCAGAGAGGAGGGAACUACACGGUGGCGGGCAGGGAGAUCGUUCCGGAGGCCAUGGGCAACUUCCCAUCACUGAAGGAGGUGCUGCAGGCUGCCAGCGAUGAGCAGCAACUGCUGGAGCUGGAGCAGGACAGGGAGGGGUCUGGGGGACCACGCAGCCGCAGGGACAGCUUCUCCAGCAGGUACACCUGACCAGCACACAGCUCUUCUGUAACAGAGACUGACUGGUUUAGUACUAGUAAAUAACAUAAGCACAUUGCUGUUGCAUACUCCAGCUAAAUAAACAAGGACGUUAGUCAGCUUUAGAACAUUGCUAUUAUUCUUUUCCAGUAAUCAUUUACCAUUAAUUGAUGGAAUUUGCUAGAAGGUUCCAGUAGCACUUAAUUGUGCAAUUUUUUGUUUCCUGCUCAAUUGGUUAAUUUCCUGUUUCCUACAGUGUGUCAUUGGAGAGCUCUGUGAUGGGACAUGAUGAAAUGCUCCAGGUUCUGAAGGAGAAGAUGAGACUGGAGGGCCAGCUAGAGUCUCUGUCUUCUGAGGCCAACCAGGUAACUAACUAACACAGUGUGGUGUGUCUAUGAUGGCUUAUACUCUUAACAUAGCUAAGGUAAUUACCACUCAACUUACCACAUGUUGAGACUUACUUACCUUCACUGGAAUAGCUAGGCUAACACCCUACAAUCCCUCCCUGCACAAGCCAUUGGGAAUACUGGAGUUCACUCCCUCACCCUCUCUCCACGUCUCCUCUCCAGGCUCUGAAAGAGAAGACUGAGCUCCAGGCCAAGCUGGCUACAGUCAACGCCCAGCUACAGGCCCAGGUGGAGCAGUCCCAUGCCAGCCAGGAGAAGCAGAGCUCCCUCAACAAGGAGGUGUCCACCCUGCGCCAGAGCUGCUUCCAGCUGGAGAGGGCCAUGGUGGAGCUGCAGGGCAACCUGGAGAGCAAGAAUGCUGGCCUAGCCUCGCUGGGCAAUGACCUGCAGGUGGCUGAGGAGCAGUACCAGAGACUCAUGGGGAAGGUGGAGGAGAUGCAGGAGAACGUCACCUCCAGGGACAACGCUGGUGAGUUGGAUGGAUCGAGAGCCUAGUAUGGGCAUCAUGCUUUCAUACCAGCAUCUCCUCACAAUAAUAUUAAUACAAUAUUGGGGUAUUUAUGAUUGCAAUACAUUUCUGUCAAAUUCUGUGAAUCAUUUCUUAUGGUGUUGUCCUCCUUCAGUCCAGGAGUUGCGUCAACAGAUGGGUGGUCUCCAGACUCAGCUCCAGCAGGUCCAGCUAGAGCGCACCACCCUGCAGAGCAGGUUGAAGACCUCCCAGGCAGAGAUCAACUCGCUGCAACAGGUCCGCCAGUGGUACCAGCAGCAGCUAGCGCUGGCCCAGGAGGCUCGGGUCCGGCUCCAGGGCGAAAUGGCCAACAUGCAGGUAAGGUUGUCUGUGAGAAGGGCUGUUUCGUAACAUGUGUCUCUUGCUUCUAUUGAGUUGAGGUGUUACGGAGUUGAGGUGUUACGGAGUUGACGUGUUUUUCCCAGGCUGGGCAGAUGACCCAGAUUGGUGCCUUGGAGCACCUGAAGCUGGAGAACGUGACUCUGUCCCACCAGCUGACACAAACCCAGCAUCGCUCCAUCAAAGAGAAGGAGCGCAUCGCUGUACAGCUGCAGAGUAUUGAGGUCUGUCCCCUUUUAAAAUUGGGAAAAUACGACAGGUUGUGUGAUUGGUGUUUAUAAUGUGUUACGGUUGGUUGAAAAAUAAUACAAGAUUUACUGACACAAAAAAACACAAGCAGUGUGUUAUCUGACCUCUCCCCUCCCUCUGGCCGUAGGCUGACAUGAUGACCCAGGAAGCUGCCUACCAGCAGAUCCAGGAUGCCAAGAGCAUGGUGGAGGACGACCUCCAGCACAAACUGGACGAGUUUGAGGAGGAGCGAGAGCACUUACAGAAACUGGCCAACACCGCCAGCUCACUGGAGAGGGAACUAGAGCAGGUAAAUAAUUAAUUGUUGGUUUAUGAAAUCACUUAUGGCAUGUUUUCGGAUUGUUCAAAUUAAGGUAAUUUGUCAGUCGGAGAAGUUUAUUAAAAUCAAUGGAGGGGUUUUUACACACAUCUAUAAAAAUAUCAGGAGCUGGACAAAAACAAAGUCCAAUACGUAGAGAAAAAGUAAAUGUCCGCUCACUGUUUUGCUAUUUGGGACAACAGUUGCCUAAUGUAACCCCUCUCUGUGUCCCCCACAGAUGAAGGUGACCCUAUCGCAGAAGGACCUGCAGCUGGAGGCCCUCCAGAAGGAGCACCUGGAGCUGAUGAGACAGCUGACAGCCACUCAGGAGAGCCUUCACACCAAAGAGCAGUCCAUCAACCAGCUGGAGGCGCGCUACCUGGAGCUAGAGGCCACGCUGGCAGAGCUGCAGACAGAGACCAACGCCAAGGACGAGAACAUCCAGUACCUGCAGAAUGAGAAGAUUGUGCUGGAGGUGGCCCUCCAGGCAGCCAGAGCUGAUAAAAGUCAGCUGGACGAGGGGGCGGAGAGGCUGGGGGAGGAGGUGCUGGUGGCCUCCGAUGUCCUUGAUCAGCUCAGGCAGGAGGUCCAAGUCAAAUCCUCACAGGUGAGAAACAAACCAUGGAGCCAGAAGGUCUAAUCCCACUCCUCUAAGGCUGUUGAGCCACUGUGUUUGAUCUUAAGUAGAAAGUAAACGCCUUCUCCUUUUUGGUUUUAGAUUGGAUCUCUGCAGCAGGAUUACGGCACCCUGAAGAAACAAGCUCAGAAAUUGAAAGAGCAGUUCACGCAGCAAAAGGUGCUUGUCACUCCCUAUCCUGUGUCCCUUGUUUGCUUUUGGGAGGAUUGUGUGUACACACACAUUCACACACAGGACUCGUCUCUUUACACCUCUUCCCAUUUCCCACCCAUCAGGUGAUGGUGGAGGCCUAUCGCCGGGACGCCAGCUCCAAGGAGCAGCUGAUCAGUGAGCUGAAGUCCACUAAGAAGCGUCUGGUGUCAGAGGUGAAGGGGCUGAAGCAAGAGCUGCUGGAGGCCCAUGGGGAGAAACAGAAAGCUGAGCUGGAGCAGAGCCGGAUGCAGAAGGAGGUAGUCCGGGUCCAGCAGCAGAUGAACAGCCUGGAGAACCACCUGCAGUCUGUGCAGACGGAGAGGGAUCAGCUGGAGAAUCAGAUACAGGUACAUGACCCCAUCCUACACAAGCCUGACUUCCUAGCAGCUCUAGGUUUUUUCUAAGCUUUUUCUUUGCAUUACUCUCAUGGCAGUACUUGCAUUACAUAUCCCAUUGCCUUAUCUGGCUUUCUUUGAUAGGCAUUUGAUAAUAAUCAGUGUGUGUUUUGAUGUCCCUCAACAGUCACUACAGUUUGACCAGAGCCAGCUAGCAGCAGUGACGGAGGAGAAUGAGGGCCUGAAGAAACAGGUGGACCAGAUGCAGUCCGAAGCCAGGAAGUGAGUCACACAACAUUUCUACAGCCAGACAGACUUCUGUAACCAGCUUGGUUCCCAUAGUAAUGACCCAAACAGAUUUACUAUGAAUCUGUGUAAAUGGCAUGAGAAUAUGAACGUGAAUAAGAAUCUCUCUUACUCAGACAGGAUAAUCUAUUUUAUUCAGAUUGGUUAGAUGUGCACUAAUGUGUCUAAUUGUUUUAUUUUCAACUCUCAGGGCCAUCUCAGAGCAGAAGGUGAGAAUGAAGCGGCUGGGGACAGAUUUGACCAGCGCGCAGAAGGAUAUGAAGGCCAAGCACAAGGCCUAUGAGAACGCAGUGGGCAUCCUGAGUCGCAGGCUCCAAGAGGCCCUGGCCGACAAGCAGACCACCGAGGCAGAGCUGGUCAAACUCAAGGCCCAGGUCUCAGACGGCGGAAACAACCAGGCCCUGCAGGUACAUUCAGUACUAACCUUAUAAUCAGGACCCAGAGUUUUUCCUCAUCACAUGACAACCAGGAACUAGGGUCCAGAGUUUGUUUCUGGUCAGAUCAUGUGAUCAGGAAAAACUUGUGGCCAUACUAAUAACAGAUUACAGCACAACCGUAGCCAACUGUGAUGUUUGAAUACUGAUCUAAACCUCUUAUCCUUGUUCCAGGAUAAGAUUGAGGCUCUGCAGAGUGAACUCCAGGCUGUGAGUCACAGCAAGGCCAUGCUGGAGAAGGAGCUUCAGGAGGUCAUCUCCCUCACUAGCACUGAGCUGGAAGAGUUACAGGAGAAAGUAAUGGAGCUGGAGGAUGAGGUGAGACCAGUCUGGGCAAUGACAAUUAAAUACACUAUCCUGGCAUCCAAACAGAUUUCGCUACGUUUCACCGUUGCUUUACAUUGUCUGGUUUAACCAGGCUAUAAAUACACACCACCAGCCCGAUGAUGUAAGAGAAGAUUACUUUAUUGUCCAUUGUCCGCAAAUGUCCAACAGAAAUGUGUGUUUUACUAUCCUAACCACUCUGAAAAUUACUCAGAGCCAAUGGUCCUUGUGCGUCUCAGUUUCCUUGAUUGUAAAAUCGUAUAUAUUUUUCACCCACAGCUGCAGGAGGCGCGAUGCUUCAAGAGGAGGAUUAGACGACUGGAAGACGCCAACAAGAAGUUAUCCCUGGAGCUGGAGCAUGAGAAAGGGAAGUUGACGGGACUGGGGCAGUCCCAUAAUUCACUGCGGGAGCAUACCAAUAUUCUAGAGACUGCCCUGGCCAAGAGAGAGGCCGACCUGGUCCAGCUCAACCUCCAGGUGAAAGGCUUCAAUCGUACAUUCUCAGUUACUUCUAUCACUGAUCAAUUGAAUGACUUUACCCAUGCAGUAACAGUAACACCAUUCUAUGAGUCUGUGGUUGCUCUUUUUCAUAAAAACGCUAACAAACGGAUUGUUUUUUCUAUUCUCUUCUUUGCCCUUCUCCACAGGUGCAAGCUGUACUAAAACGAAAAGAGGAGGAAGACCAGCAGAUGAAGCAGCUGGUCCAGACUCUACAGGUCGCCUUGGAGAAGGAGAAGGCCAAAGUCAAGGACCUGAAAGAGCAGGUAAAGACGCCUAACCCGACCCAGCCACAACAUAGUCAUCAUUAACACAUUGUAACGCAUUACACACAUAUACAAGCCCCUGAAGGAGACAGACUGGCCCAGCCACGACAUAGUCUUAUAAAGUCAUUACAUUACCACAUUGUAGCAUACUGUAAUGUACUCCAUAGAAGCCUUUGGAGACAGACUGUAAAUGUGUGUUAUGUCCACUAGGUGGCAGCAGCUAAGGCAGAGGCUGCGCACAACAGACGGCAUUACAGGGCAGCCAUGCUGGAGCUGUGUGAGAUCAAGAAGGACCUGCAGGCCAAAGAAGAGCUGGUCAAAGCCCUGCACAGUGAGGCACACAAACUACAGUGAGUCUCAAUUUGCAGUUUAUAGUUAUUAAUGAAUAAGGCUUGGAAUGAUGCUGCUGUGUUUAACAGAUUUAAGAUACGAUUUUGAUUAGCCUUAUGAGUUGAUGGAAUCAUUGGGGCAUGCUCGGUCCUUGUAUUUUAGGGAAUAAACACAUCUAACUCUAAGUAAUCUUUUUGUUUUGAUCUUAUGUCUCUCCUUGAUUUGAACCCUGUUUCACAUUAACAUCCUUUCCUUCCCCUACAUAGGGCUCAGGAUGAGAAACACUCUCAGGAGGUGUCCAGGUUCCAGGAGGAGCUGUCAGAGGCCCACUUCCAGCUCCAGAUCCUCCAGAAACAGCUGGAUGAACAGCUUAGCAAACAGCCCCUCACAAACCAGGAGGUAGCUAGCUAUACCACACCACGCUAUGCAAUAGACACAACCAUGGUCCUGUUUAGUAGGGAGAAAACGUUUUGAAACCGGGAGGUACUACCUGAACUUUUGCAAUAAGAACACACAUUUUUGUUUUGCUAUGGUGUGCCCUACUGAACACAACCCAGGACCUUGAAUAAGGAAGUUGUUUGUUGAAAAAGACAUCGGUCACUGACUUGACUGUGUUCUCCCCCCAGGUGGAGGAUUUGAAGUGGGAGGUGGAGCAGAGGCAGAGGGAGAUCGAGGCCCAGAGACAGCAGCUGGAGCUAGUGGAUCAGUGCAGCCAGAGGGAGCUGGACAGCCUGCAGACAUCUCUACAGGUACACACACACAACCAGGGUGCUGAGGAGGACAGAGCUGGCUAGCGCCACAGCUCUAAACCAUAGACGCAUACUUUAGUAUCACCUUAACUCUCUGUCAUUGUUCAUUGUGUUGCCAUUUUGUGCAUGACUUUGCCUUGCUCUGUGUUCUAGGGCAUUAAGGUGGAGCUGGAGUCUGUGCAGGAGGAGCUGAGCAGCACCAGAAAGGAUAAGUUCAUGCUACAGGCCAAGGUGGGGGAGCUGAGGAACAGCAUGAAGACUGUUCUGCUGCAGAACCAGCAGCUCAAACUGGACCUCAAACAGAACCGCCUCCGGAAGGUAAGUUACCUGGGACUGAGUUUUUGCUACCUGGCUGAGACUAAGUAGGAAGAACAGGGUUAGGUUUGGCACUUUUUUAUUUUUACGUCAGUUGUAUUCAGUGAAGGCUGUUGAGGGGAGGAUGGCUCUUAAUAAUGGCUGGAACGGAGCGAAUGUAAUGGCAUUUGAUACCAUUCCACCUAUUCCGCUCCAGCCAUUACCACAAGCCUGUCCUCCCCAAUUAAGGUGCCACCAACCUCCUGUGGUAGUAAUGGUAUUUCAAUAUUGUUGGUGUGUUAAAGGUGCAAUAUGCAGAAAACUCUGCGGCUUUUAUUGGUUGCUAAAAUUCUAAUAGUUCGCCUAAUUUCAGUUUGUGACAAAACAAGCAAUGCAUAGUGUAGAGAAUCAUUUUCCCAUCCAAACCGCUGUGAAAUAUAUUUUCAAUAACCCAAAAUAUUGUAUUUUCAGCUGUUUGAAGCUGGUGUACAAAACCGAAAAUAAAGGACGCAAAACUAAAUUUAAGAACUGGAAUCAUAGAAAUAGUGCACAUAGAACAGAUCUACUGCUUCUUAGACUUGCUUUCAACGGGUCGACCAUAAAGUUACAUAUUGCAGCUUUAAAUUGAGAAAGGGUAGGUAGAACAUACAACUCAUCCAGGUAUAACAUGGGUAUAUGUUUUGUGGAUUGAUAAAGGGGUAUGAAAAGUUGUUACAAUAAACACACUUGAGUGUAUAUUUAGUGCCUUCAGAAAGUAUUCAUACCCCUUGACUUAUUCCACAUUUUGGUGUUACAGCCUGAAUUCAAAAUGGAUUUAAAAAAAUAAUAUUCUCACCCAUCUACACACAAUACCCCAUAAUGACAAAGUGAAAACAUGUUUUUAGACAUUUUAACAAAUGUAUUGAAAAUGAAAUAUCUAAUUUACAUAAGUAUUCACACCCCUGAGUCAAUACAUGUUAGAAUCACCUUUGGCAGCAAUUACCGAGCUAACAGAGCUUUGCACACCAGAAUUUUACAAUAUUUGCACAUUUAUUAUUUUUACAAUUCUUCAAGCUCUGUCAAGUUGGUUGUGAUCCUUGCUAGACAGCCAUUUUGAAGUCUUUCCAUGGAUUUUCAAGCCGAUUUAAGUCUAAACUGUAACUAGGCCACUAGGGAACAUUCAAUGUCGUCUUGGUAAGCAACACCAGUGUAUAUUUGGCCGUGUGUUUUCGGUUACUGUCCUGCUGAAAGUUGUAUUUGUCUCCCAGUGUCUGUUGGAAAGCAGACUGAAUCAGGUUUUCCUUUAGGAUUUUGCCUGUGUUAAGCUCUAUUCCGUUUCUUUUUAUCCUAAAAAAAACUCUCUAGUCCUUGCCGAUGACAAGCAUACCCAUAACAUAAUUAAUCCACCACCAUGCUUGAAAAUAUAAAGAGUGGUACUCAGUGAUGUGUUGGAUUUGCCCCAAACAUAGCGCUUUGUAUUCAGGACAUAAAGUUAAUUUCUUUGCCACAUUGUUUGCAGUUUUACUUUAGUGCCUUAUUGCAAACAGGUUGCAUGUUUUUGAAUAUUUGUUAUUCUGUACAGGCUUCCUUUUUGCACUGUCAUUUAAGUUAGUAUUGUGGAGUAACUACAAUGUUGUUGAUCCAUCCUCAGUUUUGUCCUAUCACAGCCAUUUUAAAGUCAACAUUGGCUUCAUGGUGAAAUCCCUGAGCGGUUUCCUUCCUCUCUGCCAACUGAGUUAGGAUGGACUCCUGUAUCUUUAUUGACUGGGUGUAUUGAUACACCAUCCAAAGUGUAAUUUAUAAUUUCACCAUGCUCAAAGGGAUAUUCAAUAUCUGCUUUUUAUUAAAUGUUUACCCAUCUACCAAUAGGUGCCCUUCUUUACGUGGCAUUGGAAAACCUCACUGAUCUUUGUGGUUGAAUCUGUGUUUGAAAUUCACUGCUCGACUGAGGGACCUUACAGAUAAUUAAUUGUAUGUGUGGGGAACAGAGAUGAGGUAGUCAUUCAAAAAUCAUGUAACUUAUUGUGUGACUUGUUAAGAAAAUGUUUACUCUUGAACUUAUUUAGGCUUGCCAGAACAAAGGGGUUGAAUACUUAUUGACUCAAGACAUUUUCAGCUUUUCAUUUUUAAUAACAAUUUAAAACAUUUCUAAUAACUUUGACAUGAUGGGGUAUUGUGUGUAGGCCAGUGACUCAAUCUCAAUUCCAUUUUAAAUUCAGGCUGUAGCACAACAAAAUGUUGACAAAGUCAAGGGGUGUGAGAACUUUCUGAAGGCACUCUAUAUCACAGUAUGCCGAGUUUCCUUUUUGUGCUGUAUUCCUCAUUGAGCAGCAGAGGAUGGAGCCAUCAAACCCAUCAAGCCCAGUGACCCCGGUGAAGAUCCCAGACUGCCCUGUGCCUGCCUCCCUGCUGGAUGAGCUGCUCAAGCCCUCUGCCUCUGUCAACAAGGAGCCCCUCAAUAACCUGCACAACUGUCUGCGCCAGCUCAAGUAAGAACUGACCACCUAUGUCUUCCUUUAACUUCUGGGAGUGGAAAACCUGUUAUUUGUUAUUGGACUUUUGAUUAUUAUUGAUAUUGAUUAUUGUACUGCAAUGUAGGGAGCUAGCGCGUAAGCAUUUCACUGCACCAUUUAUAGCUGUUGUAAACUGAGUACGGAUAAUAUGCUUUUGUAGCUCAUGUUACUCAAAAUAGCUUGUGUGUUUUCUGAUAACCAUAAUGGAAGACAAAGAAUAGGAAUGUAUGCAUAAUAGAAAUCCUUUACUCUCAAAAGGUAUUUGUCUCACAUGUGGAUGGUGUAUUAUAAUUCUCUAAUAGGAAUUAAAUGCCAGAACACUAAAGUGAAUGUUGUAUGUUUCCUGCAGGCAUGAAAUGGACAGCCUUCAGAAACAAAUGGAGGAGCACACAGUCACCGUGCACGAGUCCAUGAUGUCAUGGAAUAACGCAGAGGAGGAAUUGACUCGACUGGGGGUGCCGCUGGAGAAUGACUCCAUAACAUCCCCCCCUCUAAACCAGGUGGACAGUAACGGCGGAGCAGAGGAGGAGGAGCCACAGCCAUCGUAA